AAAUCUCUCAAGCAAACCUUUCAAAAGCUCAAAUUAAAUCCAAAACUCUACCAUCUCUCCAUCUCUCCAUCUCUACUCUACCGUUACCUCCCGUCAACACCAUCACCAUGUACACCUACACUGCCACCUCCAAGUUCCUCGUUCUGGCCCCUACCGAGUCAGGCCCUGCCACCGCAACUCAAGGCCGUGAGCGUUCCAGCAGCCAGUCCUCCACGAGCAGCGGAUCGCAGCAGCGUCCCGGUCUCAGUCGCCUGCCCAGUGGCUUCCUCUACCUGGGCGUUGACACUCGCAACAACACGACGCCCAGCGUCUAAGUUCGCCCACGAACCCAUCCGACGAAUCGCGCUGGCCACGAUUUCCUUAGCUCUCACCUCAUCGCCUCCGGGACUAAAGUCUGACCCCGCCGGCUGCAGGAAGAUCACUACAAUUCUCAUUAUGAAUAUUUGACAUUAUUGGACGAGCGACCACUCGGAGGGACGAAGUGCGG